AUGAGCCGGAGUCAAUCAGUUUAUGGAGUUAGUUCUGGAAGAGGUUUUAGCACGUCCUCUUUAGGACAAACCAGCAUAAACAGACGCAUUUCGGCCCCUGUAACUCAAAGUCAGUUUGGGGGUGCACGUGCUGGUUUUGGGAGCAAAAGCCUCUUUCAGUUGGGUGAUGCAAGUGGUGGUAGAAAAAUAUCCACUGGUUCAAGUGGAGGUAGACUUGGACAAGGCUCAAGUUUUGGAAUUGGAGGGUCUGGUGGUUCAGGUGGCUAUUCAGGUUCUGGGUCUUCUGUUCAAUCUGCUGGUAUUGUUAAUGUGAGUGUUAACCACAACCUUCUGGCUUCAAUUAAAAAUGUGGAGAUUGAUCCAAAUAUUUCAUUGGUAAAGAAGGAAGAGAGGGAGCAGAUCAAGACAUUAAACAACAAAUUUGCAUCCUUCAUUGACAAGGUACAUUAUACAAAACUGUUAUUCUUCAUUAUAACAUCUAUCUAUCUAUCUAUCUAUCUGUCUGUCUGUCUGUCUAUCGAGUGAUCAAUCGAUCUAUCUAUCUAUCUAUCUAUCUAUCUAUCUAUAUUUCUCUUUCUGCCAUCUACUUUCUUUCUGCUGUUCUCCCUGUUAAUCUUUCUGUCUGUGUUUCUGCCAGUUUCUCUGUGAUAUUUAUCUUCAUAAAUCAAUAUUCAUGUGUGUGUGUGUGUGUUUUUGUGGCCUAUAUUUAUGUUUAAAAAAUGUCUUGUGGCAAAAGUAUGAUGUUUAUCAUUAAAUAAAUAUAUCUCAUACUGUUAUUAUUUGUUUUAUUGAUAAUAUGACAUGUUCAAGUUGCUUAUUGCUUUCUUAUUGAUGAUUAGGUCCGAUUCCUAGAACAGCAGAAUAAAGUGCUCGAGACUAAAUGGAGCCUCCUACAGCAACAAGGAGGCCAGGCUACUGUCAAGAGUGACAUUGAUGGUAUUUUUAAGGCAUACAUAAACAGUCUGAGAAGCCAGUUGGACAACUUAAAUAAUAGCAAAGGUCGCCUUGAUGGAGAACUGCGUAACAUGCAGGAUCGCGUUGAAGAAUUUAAAACAAAGUAUGUACAUUAACAUAUAGAUCAAUAUUAUAGGUAUGUUGUACUCACACUAGAAAAGUUCCCAUGGGAGAAUCUGUAUUUAAAACGCUUAAGCCAGUAAUGGCUAAACUUGAGUCUGCAUAUGUUUAUGAACUACAUUUCCCAUGAUGCCCAUGAUGCCCAGCCUGCUUUAUAUUGAGUACCAUGUGAAAAGUAGUUCACAAACGUCCACGAAGCCACGGUUAGCUGUCAUUGACAUAAGCCAUGUAUACUCAAUGGCAAUGUUCAAAAGGCUGAUCAUAUAGUUUGUUCACCCUUAGGACAAGAUAAUAAAUUAAAGAACUGCUAAGUGGUCUAGUAGAUCAACAUAAAAAGCUAGUAAACAUAUUUGCCAGAGUUGGCUUCUUUGAUGUUUGAAUCAUACUUUGCUAUAAAUAUUUAGUGAAAGGGAAGAUAUGCUGAAGUGUGUACCUUCAGGCGCAGUGAUCCCCCAGUGAGCCACACUAUGCAUAUUAGCAGACACCACAUCACACUAUGAGAAGGUAGAGUUGUACACUGCUCAUGACAUUACACACCUGACUUGGAAUACAUGUCUCAAUAGCAUUUUAUAUUUGUAUUGGAACAUUCGUUGGGAACAUUCUAUUGUUUUCUGUUAUAAUUGCUCAGUUUUUACACCUUUGCUCAACUCUGUUAUAUAGUUUUGUUUAUUGUCUUACUGCCCCAUAUAUUGUGCUAGAUGACAAGUCAGCCUUUAACGUCAACAACUUACAACUUAUGGUUUCUAGAGACAGUUUACAAGAUUAUUGUCAAGUUCAUAGAAUGUUAGAAUUGUAGUGUAAUUUGCUAAGGUGCAGCCCACUCAUUAAAUUUAGAGCAUAGAAACAUAUUUGACAUAAGAAGUUGCAUUGAUAAUUUUAUUAUUUUACUUCAAUUCAUUUUACAUGUGCCCAAGAGUUUGUGGAGUAUUUUAGAAAGAUGAAUGCAUUAUAAUGAUCAUUUUACACAUUUGCCCAUGUAUCAUGAUAAUUGGGGGGAUUUCCAUGGCCUUUGAUUCUCCUUGGUACGGGUAGGCAACCUUCAGCACUCCAAAUGUUGGGGACUACAUGUCCCAUAAGGCUUGUACAGCCAUAAUGCUGGCAAAGUAUCAUGGGAGGUGUUCUCUGAAACAUCUGGAGUGCCGAAGGUUGCCUACCUCUGUUCUAACACUAAUUGGAUUAUACUUAAAUCCCCUCAUUGCUUAGUAUAUUAUGUCAUAUCUGUGUUUCUUACCUGAAUACAAGUGCCCUACUAAAGGACAUGUCCAAGUAAUCACUAAAUAGGGCCAAGAAUUCCUAUAUAAUGUAUAAAGAAUCCUACAGAAAGAUUCACAGCAUUAACCGAUCAUUACAAAUAAUAUGCAAGCAUGUCAGUCACCAUAACUACUACAGAUUACCUUUAAUAGUCCUAUUUAAUACUAGUAGUACUAAUGUAGCAUUGGUAUUAGUAUUUUUAUGCACAGGGUGUGGUUUCUCAAAACAAUUGCAAAAUUCCCCAAUACACUAUCAUUUUAUCUUUUAACCAUAAAUACUGUGAUAACCAGUUUGGUAACAAGUCAGAUAGUAACUGCCUGCAUGUUGUAACAUUACAUGGGCUUCAGUGUCUAUGUAUCAUCAUACAGUCAAAGUGUAAUGUAAUGAUAAUAGGUAACUGGUAUUAAUGUAAAAUAAACUAAAAAGGAUAAACUGUUAGGCAAGUAUGAACUCAAGCUUUAUCUUAUCAUAUUGAAUGUAAUUUCAACAACCAAUUUCAGUCACACUUCAGAACAUGGCACCUUGUAAAAUUUCAAACAGCACAUGUAUAACUUGACUGCGGACCCAUAUCUCAAACCCAUCGUUUUAAGUGGAUAAGGGCAACGGCCACAGCUUUAUUAAACUGUAAUACAAUAUUCUUAAACCUUGUCAGCUGUUGGGUGAGAGCCCAACAGACGGUUCUCCAACCUUCUCUCCAAGAGCCCAACACAGCUGUCACUAGCCAUCAGCCAUAUGCAGACUGUAGAUUCCCCAAGGUGACAACUUGUCUUACUCCUUCCCUUGACUAUGCUGUCCAGGAAUCCCGCCAGUUGUGAUAAUAGAGGAAAGCAAAGAAAGACCACACACACACACCAAAUCCAGGGAGGAAGGGUUGGAAAUUCUGUAAGGGUCCCUCAACUGAUCCUGCUGACUGUUAAGUCCCCUCCCCUCUACUCUACUUGAAACUCCUCCAUUUUCUGCAACAUUGAUGCAAUCUUUAACACCAGCACGGAAUCCAUGGGUAUUAGUUAUGCUAUGCCUUCCCCAUUUGUCCAGGGGUAAACAAUUCUACCAUUUUUAAGAAACACAGUAACAGAUUGCACAAUAGGUUAAAGAUAUUUAAAGGAACACUAUAGGGUCAAGAAUAAAAACAUGUAUUCCUGACCCUAUAGUGUUAGAAACACAUGCUCCCCUUAAAAAAUUAAAAACUCACCUUUUUUUCCAGUGCUGCACGGGUCCGCCUCCUUGGCUCACAUCAUUAGAAUUGAUGAUCUCAGCAAAUCUCAGCCAAUUUCCCAUUGGAAUGGGUGAGAUUGUCAAUUCUGAGGAUAUCAGCCAAGGAGAGAGGGUGAGGGUGGUGAAAAAAUACUGCCUUAGUCAAUCAGCAUCUCCUCAUACCCUCAGUGGCUACUUACACAUUUCAGCUCUCUGUUUAUAGAGUUUGAUGAAAGGUCAACUGAAUUAAGUCAUCCAGAAGAAUUUUAAGAGAAAUGUAAUAUUAAAAUUAUGUCAAUUAAUAUGUUGGCAUAUGGUUAACAAGUUCACAUUCAGGUAAGCAAAUGUAAAACUUUAAAUAAAUCUGUACCUGAAGUCCGUUUCUGUAAUAUCCAAAAUGGCAUCCAGAAAUUGAACAAAUUCAGAUGGAAGGGCCAUAUUGACUGCAAACUCAGCUGACCAUGUUCCCCAUUUUUUUUUUUAUUAUUCAUACCCAUAGCAUAGCAGCAAACACUAAGAUAUUCAAAAACUCUGAUGAGAAAAAUUAAGUUUUUAUUCAUCCCUGAGCUAACACUUUUAUUAGCUACAUAGUUACAUAGCCUAAUAUCUGGCUGACAUAAAACAUGUUGGUGAUAUAAUAAUAUAAUAGCAGUAUCUGUUCUGAUAGCAGUAUAAUUGCACUAGUAACUGCUCUGUAUAUGAUAGUGUGAUACUGCAAAAAUAAAAUUAUGAUUUAAUAAACAUUGCGACAGGGUGUCAUUUUCUCACUAUAUAUACAAUAUCUUUGUACAGGUAUGAAGAUGAAAUAAAUGCACGUGCUGGAGCUGAAAAUGACUUUGUUGUACUGAAAAAGGUAGAAUCUUAUAACUAACAUUACAAAGUAAUGCAACAAGGGGGUUAAUUACUGACAUCAAAUGUGCACCCUGUUGUGUGAGCUGCUGAAACUUUUAUUAUUAAUGUGUAAAAAGAAGAGGAAAGAAGGACUCUCCUGAAUUUCCAAAUUGGGGCAUAACCCAAUAUAUGUAGCCAAAGAAACAAAAAACUCCAGUCUCUAACUGCAUAGAAUAAGGAACAGAAGAGAGGAAUUUCUCAUAGCAAUUAAAGUACAAUUUAUUAUUACUGGACACAAAAUCCAAGUGUGCAAUUAUUAAUGAGAAUACCUAAUAGGUAAGAGAUUAGGUGUGAGCUAAAAUUCCACUGAUGUUAAGCCCCUACAGUUAUGGAUAUUUCCUUUAUUAAGCUAGGGAAUCAAAAGUGGUCUAUUAACUGAAUCUCUAAAAUGAAAUGAAAUAUUCCCUUUUGCUGGACAAAAGAUCCAAGUGUUUAAUUUGGGAUAGACAGUACCAAAUAGGAAAGAGAUGUAAGAUAAAGUUCCACUUAUGUUAAGCCUCUAUGAUUCUGAGUUUGGGCAUCAGAAAAGUGGUCUAUUAACUAAAUCUCUACUAAGAGAAAAGAGGAUAGGGAAAUGGGAAACAUACAGAUAGUAAAGAUUUGAGUAUAUUACAGGGUGGGGAUAGAGAGCCUCUUAUCAUCAAAGGGUAGUGGUUAAUGGCAGGGAAAGUACAAAAUCUGUAACCUAUCACAAUGUUGCAAAUGGAGUAGCGGAGUAAUUCGAGUGUCGGAGGUCCUCAAUGUAAUAAGAAACUGAAUAGCUUUGUUAAAAUAUAUUAUAUUAUACAAAAGACCCCCUUCUUUUUCCUCCUCUCUCAUCUACUAGAGAAGCAACAAAAAGUGUGACAAAGUUAUUAGAGGAAUAAGGUCCUCGCGGUAACUUAGUACUGGAUAAUUUAGAUACAAAUGUAAUUACCUAAUACCUCGGGAUAACAGACAUAUUUUAAGCUCCCUACUGGGAUUGUCUCUAAAACAAGUUGUUGAGGAGCCAACUCGUAAAUAGGCCAUACUAGAUUUAGUGUUAACAAAUGGAGAUUUGGUAUCAGAUAUUACUGUAGGUGAAAGUUUAGGAUCCAGUGAUCAUCAGUCAGUGUGGUUUAAUAGAAGAACAGUGACUGAGUCACACCACACAAAAACAAACGUUUAAGACUUUAGAAAAAUAAACUUUUCUAAAAUUAGAAUAUGUGUAAAUGAGUCAUUAUCAGACUGGAGCAAUAUAAAUGGAGUCCAAGAGAAAUGGGAUUAUUUAAAAGUUGCACUGCUGAAGGCAACAGAAAAUUGCAUUAGGCUUGUCAGUAAAAGCAAAAAAUUCAAGAAACCACUAUGGUACUCCACAGAUGUGGACAAAAUAGUAUAAAACAAAAAGUUAGCAUUUAGUAAUUAUAAAAGUGAGGAAGUCAGAAUGAUCAAUAAGAUUAGGCAGAAAGAGGCUGAGCAAAUUAUAAGAGCUUCCAAAUCACACACAGAAGAGAAAAUAGCACAGUCAGUAAAAAAAGGGGACAAAACAUUUUUUAGAUACAUAAAUGAAAAAAGGAAAGUAAAACAAGGAUUAGUUAGAUUAAAAACAAAAAAAAAGGAAGGUAUGAAGAAGACGAUAAAGGUCUAGCUGACAGCCUCAAUUAAUAUUUUUGUUCAGUAUUUACAGAUGAAAAUGAAGGAAAGGGGCCUCAGUUAGGAAAAAGGACAAAUGGGUCUUUUGUUACAUGUGAGUUUACAGAGGAAGAGGUUCUAUUUCAACUGUCAAAGGUAAAGAGUAAGUCAAUGGGACCUGAUGGAAUACACCCAAAGUUAUUCAAAGAGCUUAAUGGUGUACAAGCAAAACCAUUAACAGAUUUAUUUAACCAAUCAUUGUUAACAGGAGUAGUCCCAGAAGAUUGGAAGUUAGCGAAUGUUGUGCCCAUUCACAAGAAAGCUAGUAGGGAGGAGUCGGCAACUAUAGGCCAGUAAGCCUUACUUCAGUAGUGGGGAAAUUAAUGGAGACCAUGAUAAAGGAUAGGAUUGUUGAACAUCUAAAAACAUAUGGAUUUCAAGAUCAGAGACAACAUGGGUUUAGUUCAGGGAGAUCAUGCCAAACUAAUCUUAUUGAUUUUUUUGAUUGGGUAACUAAAAUAAUAGAUCAGGGUGGUGCAGUAGACAUUGCUUACCUAGAUUUCAGUAAGGCUUUUGACACUAUUGCACAUAUAAGGUUUAUCAAUAAACUGCAAUCUUUAAGUUUGGAUUCCAAUAUUGUUGAAUGGGUAGGCAGUGGCUGAGUGACAGGCAACAGAGGGUUGUAGUCAAUGGUGUAUAUUCAGAGCAUGGGCUUGUCACCAGUGGGGUACCUCAGGGAUCUGUACUUGGACCAUUCUCUUUAAUGUUUUUAUUAGUGAUAUUGCAGAAGGUCUUGAUGUUUAGGUAUGUAUUUUUGUUGAUGAUACUAAGAUGUGUAACAGGGUUGAUUUUCUAGGAGGGGUAAGUCAAAUGGUCAGAGUUGUGGCAACUGAUAUGUAAUGUGGAUAAGUGCAAGAUAAUGCAUCUUGGAUGUAAAAAGGGAAAAGUACAGAGUAGAGUGCUAACCUCAACAUCUGAGGAAAUGGAUUUAGGGGUGAUUAUUUCUGAUGACUUAAAGGUAGGCAGACAAUGUAAUAGAUCAGCAGGAAAUGCUAGUAGAAUCCUUGGUUGUAUAGGGAGAGGUAUUAGCAGUAGAAAGAGGGAACUGCUCAUGCCAUUGUACAGAACACUGGCGAGACCUCACUUGGAGUAUUGUACGCAGUACUGGAGACCAUAUCUCCAGAAGGAUAUUGCUACUUUAGAUAGUGUUCAGAGAAGGGCUACUAAACUGGUUCAUGGAUUGUAGGAUAAAAUUUACAAGGAAAGUUGAAAGGAACUUAACAUGUAUAGCUUGGAGGAAAGACGAGACGGGGGGAUAUGAUAGAAAAAUGCAAAUACAUAAAGGGAAUCAACACAGUAAAGGAGGAGACUAUAUUAAAAAGAAGAAAAACUACCACAAUAAGAGAACAUAGUCUUAAAUUAGAGGGGCAAAGGCUUAAAAAUAAGUAUUACUUUACUGAGAGGGUAUUGGAUGCAUGGAAUAGCCUUCCAGCUGAAGUGGUAAAGGUUAACACAGUAAAGGAGUUUAAGCAUGCAUAGGAUAUGCAUGAGGCUAUCCUAAGUAUAAGAUAAGGCCAGGGACUAAUGAAAGUAUUUUAAAAAAUUGGGCAGACUAGAUGCGGCGAGUGGUUCUUAUCUGCCGUCACAUUCUAUGUUUGUAUGUUUCUAUGAUAAAAGAUCCUUACAUGUCAUUUAAAUAGGAUAAAUAACUAAAAAUGUAAGUAUGGGACUCCAAUCUCCUCACUAUCAAUCCUAACCCAGCAUCAUAGAUACAAUCUUGAACUCUGAACCUAUUUCCAGCAAACAAAAACCCAUACCCUCAUGCUCCCCAAAUUUAAAGGAAAAAUAAAAAAAUAAUAAUAAUAAUCAGACUAACUUAUUUAUUUAUCUAUACAAUAUUUUACCAGGAUGGAUACAUUGAGAUUUCUCUUUUUUUCAGGUAUGUCCUGGGUCUUUGUCCACAAAACAUUGCAUUGUUACAAUAGGAUACAAUAUUCCAAAAAUACAAUAUACAAACUAUAUAUAUACACACAUAUUUAAAUUUAAUACAUAACAGGUAAUAAAUAUAUUCAACCAUGACCAGGUGCAUUCUGUGCUGAGGUAUUUUGCCAUAAAUCUCUUAGAAGAUUUUAGAUUGAGUGAAGAUUUGACUGUGUCAGCUUCCCAGAAAUGUUCUUAUGCACAAGGCUGGAAAGAUGAAGAGUGCGUCGGGAUUCCAGUGACAGCCAGUUUAGCUCUUUUAACAUGUCACAGUGGUGGGUAAAGUACUUACAUUCUAGUACAAAGUUGCAGAAUGAAUUAUAUAACGUACUAGGUUUAUUAAGGUGGGUUUGCGGUGCGGGUGCAUACACUAGGUCCCCAUAAUCAAUGACCGUCAGUAGCGUUAUGCUAACUACAAAUCACAAACUAAGAUAAGAGUUAAAAGUAAGUAACGCCCAAUGCCCAUUUCGGCGCCAAAAGUAGUGUUCCUUCACCUGGGGCUAGCGUCAGAAGAAGGCGCACUACUUUUAGCGCCGAAACGCUCGUCGGGCAUUACUAAUGUUUAAUUUGUAUCUUAGUUUGGUGAUUUGUAGUUAGCAUAAUGUCCAGCAAUAGGGAAUAUUUCAUUUCCUUUUAGAGAUUCAGUUAAUAGACCACUUUUGAUGCUCUAGCUUUAUAAAGGAAUCCAUAAGCAUGUAGGCUUAACAUCAGUGGAAUUUUAUCUCACACCUAGUGUCUUACCUAUUAGGCAUUCUCAUUAAUAAUUGCACACUUGGAUUUUGUGUCCAGUAAUAGUAAAUGGUACUUUAGUUGCGUUUUUUUGUAUCUUUGGAAAUUUAAAUAAUUACAUGCAUUAAAUGCAAUUUCUGAGUGUCAAUGGAUGCAUAUUUAAUUGGAGCAUAUUUUUUUUUUUUUACCAGUAACCAAAUUUACUGUGGUUUAUUAUUGCGCUUUAUUAUUUUGCAUACAAGAAGUGAUAAUUUGUUUAUGUAAAAUCCCUUUAGGAUGUAGACACUGCAUACUUAGCGAAGGUGGAACAAGAAGCAAAAGUGAAUGGGCUGAAUGACGAGCUCAAUUUCUUAAGAAAUCUUUAUCAACAGGUAAUUAUCCAUCUUGCAGGAGUUUUGUGUUUCAGUAUCAAUUUUUGUUGAUCUACUGAUUAUUGAAUAGGACAUUUCUACUUCUUUUUUUCUAGUAAUUUUAAUUUAAUCAUUUGUAAGUGAUGCCAAUGGCUAAUUUAACAUUUAGAAUUUUCUGUGCUUGUGAUGGUUGUGUCUAACCAUGUGCAUCAAUGUGGCAUUUGAUUACAUUUGAAAAGUCAAAUUAAAAUUAAAUAUUUUAAGGAUAUAUAUUUUUUUAUGAAAAGAAUAAACUUAAAGCAGAGUUGGAUCAGUUGUGUUCUUUGAUUACUAAGUUAAAAAAAAAAAUUGAGUUCCAUGUAUUGGAGACUAGUUUUCUAGAUGUCUGGACUAUUUGAAGGAUAAUAAAAAUGCAUUGGCAACAGGCCUACUAGCAAGAGUACUAUUAUCUCACUUCAAUUUGAGUGGGCGUAUAAAAGGGGGAGGAUGGUUAGUGAUGUUAAUUGCAUCACAGGUGCUGUCCAAAGGGGGGCUGAAAUGGGGUCUGAUCCACCCAAAUUACUGGCAGGUCAGUCUGAGCAUGAAUGCAUGCCAGGCUGCAUACCAAUCACACAGGUAAGCCCACUGACGGUAGACCACACAGGUAACACUGUUUCAGUUUUCUCUGCAGGGUCAUGGUAGCCUUAGAGUAGCAUGAGCGAGUCUAGUGAUGCACUCACAUUAUGCUUUUUGGCAACAAACCCAGGAGGAAGGGACAGGAACCAAAAAUUGGGACUCUCCCAACAUAAUCUAAUGAUUUUCCCUACAUUCCUUCAAAAACUCAAUAUUAUUGAUUUCAGAGUAAUUAUAAAUACAUAUUGAAAUGAUUCUUAAAUGGGCCCUCUUUAUCAGAGUAAAAAAAAUAUAGAGGUAAUGUUAUCAGUAUUUUUCCCUUAUGUAACUGCAGGAGCUUUCAGAACUUAAAGAUCAAAUAUCUGACACUUCUGUCAUUCUCUCAAUGGACAACAACCGUUCCCUGGACCUCAAUGACAUUAUCGCUGAAGUUAAAGCACAGUAUGAAGAUCUUGCCAAUAAAAGCAGGCUUGAGGCAGAAGAAAAUUUCCAAAAUAAGGUACCAAAAAACAGUAUGUUAACCAAAUGCAGGGUGUUGUUAUACCAUUCUAUCCGAAGAGCAACGUGAAUAUAUUUAUUAUUUAAGCAGAAUAUAUAAAGACCCUCAAAUAAAUGUGCUAUACUUUUGAUUAGAUCUUUGAAUUUGGUGUACUUACAUCUAUAUUCAAUCUUUCUAGGCAGUUAACCUGAAAUAGCUUUAGACUAAUUGUAUCUUCAUUUGGUAUUCUGUAAUGAAAAAGUACCUCAAGGGUGUUUCUUUUGGAUAUAUGUUGGUUAUUAAGAAGACCUAUAUUAAAGUCAAAACAGACUUUAAAAUUAUAUUUCUUACAAUUCAAGUGCCCAAAAUAAUCAAAGAUGAUAAAAUAUAAAUAAUAUAAUUUAUUUGCUGGUGUAUAUUUUAUUGAAUAUAAUUAAGAAAACACAUGGAUAAAAAAGGCAAAAAAUUAAACACAAGACAGUUUAAAUGUUACAAGUCAAACUCAAAUGACUGAUGGUGCGCUUUAGGCAAUGCAUUGUAUGUAUUAAUAAAGCACAGUUAGGUUUGGAAACCUGAUAAUUAUUAUUAUUUUAUUAUUUUAUUAUUUAUAUAGCACCAUCAGAUUCUGUAGCGCUGUACAAUGGGAUUACAAUGUAAUGCCUAAAAAAAACAUAAAGGCUGACUGUGCAAAUAUACUAUAAUGCCAUAGAAUAUAACAUUUGCUUUUAAAAAUCAAUGUUAAAAAAAGAAAAUAUUAAUGCGUCAAAAUGUCCAAUAUUUUAACUUUCUCAAAGGAUAAAAAAAACAUAAAAAAGCUAGUCAUGAAACGUCAAUUUAAAUUGGAAGAAAUUAUUUUUAAUCUUUCUCUCUCAUUAUUACAACAGUACAAGCAGCUGGAGGCUGCUGCAGGCCAACAAGGAGAUGACCUGAAAAAUAUAAAGAAUGAAGUUUCACAACUUAAUCGAGCAAUUCAGAAGCUGAAGGCUGAAAUUGAGAAUGUGAAAAAACAGGUAAGGGGCUCAGGACACGUAAUCAUUCCAGCUUAUUUUACUGUUCUAGAAAAUUUCAACUAAUGAACAAAGAGGUUUUCUUUUGUCACUAUAAAAUAAUCCAACUUUUUGUGUGUGUGUGUCAUCCAAUAUAUGAUAUGUUUUCUGAUUAUAUAUUUUACUUAUUGCUUGUAAGUGCUUAAGGGAUAUGUAAUGGAUUUUAAAGAGCGUAAAGGAAUAUUCCAUGCAGUAACCAAUCCACUGGUUUUAUUACUGCAUAGCCAAUGACUGGAAAUAGAUAUACACAAAUAAUACGUUAAACAAUAAAAUAUAAAAAAGAUACUCACAUUUGCUACAAAAUCUUUGAAGCAUCUGCAAUAGGCUUACACCAAAUCAAGAAGUAAUGCUAAUCAUUCUUACUUACCUUUCUAUAGCACUGCUAAGCAUAUCCCUUAAACAUAGGUUCAUGACCACUAUUUACAGAAGAUUUCUGAGUGUUGUAAUCAAUUUAACAUGCUCAGUCAUGAUACAGCAAUAUUUUGGAACUUAAAAUGGGUGAGCGUAACUAAUUACGUGUAACUAAUUAUUAUCGUUGUUUUAAAAAGCUAAGAUCUUUAAAAUAUACACCCAGAAUACUAACAGUAAACUUUCCUACAUGUUGCUCAAUAUAUUUGUGGAUGCGUGGAACAUAACUUCAAAAUUAAAAUACCUAAAAAACAGAACAUGAGUGCAUUUAGCAAAAAUAGGUUGCGCCAAUAAUAUAGUCCAAUAUAGUCAGAGAAUGCAUGUGUGCUUCUUAGUUAAUGGCUCUCCAGACUUCGGUUUGUAAUCCAAUUUAUUAAAUGAAACAGAGAGAUGGCCGAUAAUAGUGCAAUAUGUUUAGUGCUAGGUGUGGGCUCACAACACAGAUAUGAAAUAUGAAAACUAGUGCUCACAUUUGAUGGAGCUAUAAACCAGCUCUAAGUAAAUGGCAUACAGUGGUAUAAUCCCCCCUAACAUGUAGCUUUAUAGAGCGAUAGUUUGCAGAUAAAUAUACUGGAAAAAAUAUAAAGAAAACAAACAACAGUGCACACUGUGGUAAAAUAUAAUUCCAGAUAAAAAUCAUAGUAAUUUACUCACAUUUAGCUGAGCAGUGAUACUGCUCAAUUAAUAGUGCCUGGCAGGGGUCAAGUCCUGGGGAAUAAAGUGUGGGAACUCACCCAAGUUACACCCCCCACCAGAAAAAAAUACACUUGUAUGCAUAUAUAAACGCGUGCACACACACACUGACAUGUGCACACACACACAAACACACAGACACACACAUACACUAACAAACACACACAUCCACUCACAGACACACACACACAUACACUGACAGACACACAUACACUCACAGACACACACACACAGACACACACUCAGACACACACUUACAGACACACACUCUCACAGACACACACACACAUACACACACUCACAGACAUGCACACAUACACUCACAGACACACACACACACUCAUAGACACACACUCACAGACACACACUCUCACAGACACACACAGACACACACACUCACUGACACACAUUCACAGACACACACACAUACAUACACACAUACACUCACAGACACACACACAUACACUCACAGACACACACAUACAUACACCCACAGACAGACACUCUUUCACAGACACACACACACUCAGACACACAUAUACACUAACAGACACAUACAUGCACUCACAGACACACACACACAUACACACACUCACAGACACACAGACAUACACUCACAGACACACACACAUACACUCACAGACACACAUACACUCACAGACACACACACACACUCACAUACACACACUCUCACAGACACUCAAACACAUACACACACACACUCACAGACACACACACAUACACUGACAGACACACAUACACUGACAGACACACAUACACUCACACACACACACACACUCACACUCACAGACACACACACACAUACACUCACAGACACACACUCACAGGCACACACACAUACACUCACAGACACGCAUACAUACACACAUACACUCACAGACACACAAAAAAUUAUUCAUAUUUUUUUUUAAUUUUAAAAAUGUCCACCCAGCCUCCCUACCUGGAGAGCUGGCGUGGUCCAGUGGGGCUUCAGUGCGGCGGGCGCCUGUCUCUGUUAGACGCGGUGAGGGAGCUGUGUUCACUCUGCUCCCUCUCGCAGCGCGGGCUGUCUACUGAUGCUAGGAGCCAGAAUAUGAUGUCAUAUUCCGGCUCCCGCCAUCAGCAAACGGCGCACGAGGGAGCAGAGCAGAGAGGACACAGCUCCCUCACCGCCUCUGACAGCGAGACAGGCACCCGCCGGGGGGGGGGUCCAUCAGGUGGCCAUUAGGCCACCUAUUGGGCCCCCCAUGACAGGGGGAAUACGGGGGGCAUUUCAGGGCAGCAUUUUUAGCUGCGACCUGAGUGCCUGCAGGACCACAAAUGGGAACGGCGUUCCUGGUCUAAAAAAACUGCAGGAACGCUAUUCCCAUGCGUUCCUGCAGGACUCGAGACCUGGCGCCUGGGUGGUAUAAUCCCCACCAGUGAUAUCUUGUCAGGUAAAUUCUCCAGAGAGUUAUUUCUCACCAGGGUACAGAUGUAGAGUAGAUACUUCAAGGAGUAGGUGUGUCAGGAAAAUAAUAAAAUUUAAAAUAAUAAAAGCAUAAAAAGUUAAAUAAAUGGUCAAACACACAAAUGAGUGAAUGCCAAAAAUACUUUAAUGCUAAAAAAUAGAAUAGUAAAACAAAUACAACGCGCUUUGCCGGUAUAAGUGCUUCUUUAAGUGUUUCUUACAACCACUGAUUGGCUGAUUAAUUAGACAAAUUCCUGUGCCUACAUUUGCAUGUUUCUUCUUUUUAUUCAGAUUGCCAGUCUUGAAGCAUCUAUUGUUGAUGCUGAACAACGUGGGGAAUUUGCUUUAACAGAUGCCCGAGAAAAGUUGGCUGACUUGGAAGCUGCUCUGCACAAUGCCAAGCAAGAAAUAGCUCGCCAACUGCGAGAAUACCAGGAACUGAUGAACGUGAAACUGGCUCUGGAUAUUGAGAUCGCCACCUACAGGAAACUGCUGGAAGGAGAAGAAAGCAGGUUUGUGGUCUUGCAGAAAAGCCUCUCAAAUGUGCAUAGUUUUUGUUGAUGAGCAUAAAUCUAAUUUUAAUAUGUUUAAUAUUGGUAAAAAUUCAUGUAGACAAUAAAUUUGACAACUUUAAUAUUCUGAUUAUUUAUAUAUAUUUUUUAUAUACAGUUUCAUCAUUUAUAAUAGGGGUACUGAUAAUAAACAUAUCUUAUUUUAUCCAAACAUUGGCCUUGAUUUUAUAUUUUGGAUAAACUUGAAAAAAAUACAAAAUAUUAAAAUAUGAAUUAUAUACAUGAAAUAGAUCAAUAUAUAAAACAUGUAAAAAUAUUAAGAUAUUUUUUAAAAUAUAAAAUUAUUUUAAAAGUUAGUCCAAAAAUAUUAAAACAUUUGGAAAGCUUACUUAACCGCUUCAGGAUGAAGUCAAUAGUGCACAUUCUGAUCAAAACAAAACGUAAACAAAAACUGGAAUUUGCCCUAUAUGUCUGUUCAACCGUAAUUCACCGCUGUCACAUUAAGUGCACCCACACUUAUUAUAUAUAAUUUUGUUCAGGAGAAACAGGGCUUUAAUUUAUCAUUAACUAUUCAUAUUUAUUCAUUUAUUAUGAAUAAAAUUAAAUGUGAGAAAAUAAGAUUUUUUUUUAAAUUUGUAUUUCCAUCUGACAUUUUAGCUGUGAAUGUCAUAAUACUGUUAGGUUUUACUGCAAAAAAAAUGCAUAUAUUUGUAAUCAGCGAUUAAUUUAACAUGCUCAGUCAUGAUACAGCAAUAUUUUGGAACUUAAAAUGGGUGAGCGUAACUAAUUACAUGUAACUAAUUAUUAUCGUUGUUUUAAAAAACUAAAAUCUUUAAAAUAUACACCCAGAAUACUAACAGUAAACUUUCCUACAUGUUGCUCAAUAUAUUUGUGGAUGCGUGGAACAUAACUUCAAAAUUAAAAUACCUAAAAAACAGAACAUGAGUGCAUUUAGCAAAAAUUGGUUGCGCCAAUAAUAUAAAUUUAGUUUCAAUAUUUUAUUUAUUAAUUUUCUUAUUUUAUUUAUUAUUGUAAUUAUAUGUAUAUAUAUAAUAUAUGUGUAUAUAUCUAUUAUAUAUAUAUUAUAUAUACAUAUAUAUAUGUAACGUCAUUCUAAGUGUAUUUUAAUACUAAUAUAUGUACUUAUAUUAAUAUGACGUUACAUAUAUAUAAUAUGUAUAUAUAUAUAUAGUAUAUAAUAUAUAUACAUAUAUUAUAUGUUUAUAAAUAUAUUUAUUUUAUAACAUGUUUAAUUUUUUUUUAUAUUUACUUUCCCACCAGCAGGGAGACUGUCUGACAUUUCAGACAGUCCCCCUGCUGGCAGAUCCACAGCCAGCUAUAGGGGGCCAUGUGAUUGCUCUUUGAGAGCGAUCACAUGGCCCCCGGGAGCGCCGGGUAGGUAAGUAUCCCGGGCGCUCCAGGGCUCAAAGCCGUUACGGCGUUCUAUGCCGCCGUUACGGCGUUCUAUGCCGCCGCAACGGCUUUAAAGCCCACUUAAUGCGGGAUGGCAUAGAACGCCGUAACUGCGUUAAGGGUUUAAAAAUAUGAUAUUAUUGAAAAAAGAGAAUGGAAAAUUAAGAAAGAAGGCAAAUCUGAACAAUGAUUUCACUGUAAAUAGGUUUUCAUUUUAUUCUUGAUUUAGGUUACUAAAAAGCUUAAAAUUGAAAAAAGUAGGUGAAUUUGAAGAAUGAUUUUACUGUAAAUAUGCUUUCAUUUUUUUCCAAUUAUUUAUUCCGAAUAUUUUACCUAUAACUAGCGAUUUGCCUAUCUCAGUCUAUAUUUGUAUUCUCACCAUGUGUACUUUGAUUAAUGUGAUUGUCUUUUUUUCUAUAUAGAAUAUCGGGGGAGGUCACAAAUACUGUGAAUGUCUGUAAGUAGCUCACUAUUUAUGGUCAAUUUUCACUUAAUCAAAAGUAAUGUACAUGCAUUUUAACACAUUUUAACUUCAAUCUUUUCAACCCAUAUGCUGUCAACUUUCGGAUACUAUUAUUAGUAAUUUGUACUAGUUGCAUUACUAAUAGCCAUAAUAUCUUCUCAUCAAAAGGUCUCAUCCUAAGUGCUUUUAACAAAAAGUUCCCGGAACAUAGAGCCCAGAGUUAGAUACAUAAGCAGUUAUUCACGUAAAACAAUUCUUAAAUAAUUAUAUUAUCAAUAUUAGCAAAGUUAAAACUUUAGCAUAUUUUUCUUUGACUAACACACUUUAUGAUAACACACAAAAAUAGAUCUUUAUUAAUUUUAUUGUGAAGUUCUUAUUCACAUUAUACUUUCUUUUAUUACUAUUUAUUAUACAAUGUGAAGAUAAAUAUACAAAAGUUCUAGUUAUUUCUCUACUACAAUUUAUGGCAACAUAGUCAAUAGCUGGGAAAGUAUGGUAUAAUUAUAUUUUAAUAUUCCCUAUAUGCAGUGACAUUAAACUUGUCUAUUAAAUAAAAUAUUACCAACCUGCCUCUUUGGUAAACAUUUUGUGAUGUUUUGUUUUCUUUUUCAAAUCUUAAGUGUCAAAUUAGGUUUUAUGAGCAUUUGUACUAUUUAAGUACCGUAUUAUUUGCCCAUGCCCCCCAAUUAACACAUAGGUCAGAUAUACAAAUUACAUUUUGUAUGGUACACAUCCAAACAUUGCUCAUUCCAUGAAGCCUACAGGCUGCUCCAGCUGCAGGCAUUUACACUCUGAACCCAUUGAAGAGAUAGACAGACAGACUGACAGAUAGACAGACAGAUGGAAGAAUAAAUAGACAAUACUUGGAAAAAUGGCUUAAUAUUAAUAGUCUGUGUUGUUUGCUCUGCAGCUGUAAACAGCAGUAACCCAUCAUCUUCGUCUUCGUAUGGUUUUGGUGGAGGAUACAGCUCUGGGUACGGUGGAGGAAGUGUCAGUACAACAAAUACAGAAAGAAGACGCCCAGCUGUAAAAAUAAUAUCUACCACCGAGAGCCUGAAAACCUACUUGGGCUAAAGAUGCCAUUGGCAAAGUUCUACCAUGCUUUUUUUCCCAAUCAUUCACUGUUUCAUGGCCAAAUUACUUCAAUGAAUGUAUAUACAAUGAUAAUAAUCACUAAAUGAGUUGCACAUUGUUAGUGAAUACAAUAUCCUUACAUCCUUCAACAUUGCUCUGAAAUUAUAUGGGGAUGGUUGCGGGUUCAUAUAAUGACGAGGUCUCAGAUAAUCAUUAACUCAUUCAUGAUGAAAUGGUAAUAAUUGAAUGGUGACAGACAACGCACAGGGAACAUUGAUUACAUUAUGGGAAAACAGUCAUUAACAUGUUUUUAAUGCACUAUCACAAUGAACAAAAUACACUUUUCAUUGUUUAAAUCCUGCUGUGAAUUAUGUGUUAAAUAAACAUGGGACACAUCUUUAUUGUUAUUCUGAAUCAUUUGUUUCUGGCGAAUGACAAGUUAAUAGUUUGUUAAAUUGUAGAGAGUGCACAUAUAACUCCAUAUUUGUACGACAAGAUAUGCAGAACUGUUCAAGGGGCAUCCAAUGCUUGGGUUCAAGAAUUCUAAAACAUCAUGUUUGUUCAAAGCAAGGUUCAUGUGUUUUGCAACCACACCUUGAAGGGAACAUUUAGUCCAAAAAAAUAAAAUAUAUAUAUUUUUUGGGGGGGACUGUAAGUUCCCUGUUGUUACUGUGAUCUGUGUGCAUGCUUUUGUAAUGCUAAACUGUUUUUUUUAAAUAUGUAAUUAACCUCAAGCGCAUCAAAAUGGCCUCUUGUGGAGUCAAGCUGACUCCUCUUCCUCUUCUUCUACCAUUCAUUGCUCCCCAUAGAGCAUUGGGGAUAAUAAGCACAUGCACGGUGAGAUCAAGACACCUCCAAUUUAAUGGAUUCUGAGAAGAAUCAGUGGAGAUGGCAUGUGAGGCGCUGUCAGGAAUACAGCCACUAGAGGUUUGUUUAGCCCUGCAAUUUAAACAUGGCUGUUUCUACUUAAACAGGCCUGUGAUUGCAAUUACCGGCAGAAGGGGUGGGCUGUGCUGCUUCCCUACUGCCACUGUUUGUAGUGUGGCCAAGUGGACUGACAGGAAAUGCUCACUGAAAGAGCUCUUCCUGUCAGAUGGGUACUGCUGCAGUUACAGUAGGGUGGGGGUGAGACACAUGGAGGGUCUGAUGGGAUGGAACUCCUUGAGGAGCUUUGCAAUGGGACACCUUCAGGGGCUUUUGGAGGCAGUGCCAUCUUAACAGCAUUAUAGACCCCUGGGCAAAGCAGUGCACUAGGGCCCUGCCAACAUAGAAACUCACAGGAAUAAAAAUUUAAAUUAUUGAUAAAAUUAAGCUUUUAUUUAUUGGUAACUCAAGUAAAUGCAAUACAUACAUAAAAACAGACUGCUGAGCACACACAAAUGGCACACAAAUAGCGACAUGCAUGUGAUCAAGAUUCUGGAGAACCUGUGGGCUUAGAAGAUAAUAACAUCAACAAAUAAGCCUACCUCUCCAUGUGUGAUAUCUCCUACCUGGCAAAGGAUACCCUAAUCCACAUGGGAACCGUAGACACCAAGGCCACAGGGAUUGCUCAGAAAUCCCAAUGAUUGGAUCCCACCAAGACUGAUAUACACAGUCUGCCGAGUACACACAUACAGAGUGCUGAAUACAUACACACAGACUGAUGACUACAAAGACAGACUACUGAAUACACAGACAUAUUGCUGAGUAUACACACAGGCUGCUAAAUACACAUGAACACACACACACACACACACAAACAGAGUGCGUGUGUGAGGGGUGCAGAGUGUGUGUAUAAGGGGUGCUGUAUGUGUGUGUGAGGGGUGCAGGGUGUGUGUGUGCAUGUGUGAGGGGAGCUGUGUGUGUGUGUGGGGGGGGUGCUGUAUGUGUGUGUGUGUGUGAGAGAGAGGUGUGCAGUGUGUGUCUGAGGGGUGCAGAAAGUGUGUGUCUGUGGUACUGUAUGUGUGUGUGUGUCUGUGAGGGGUGCUGUGUGUGUGUGAGGUGUGCAGAGUGUGUGUAAUGGGUACUCUGUGUGUUUGUGUGUGUGUGUGUGUGUGUGUGAGAGGUGCUGUGUGUACGUGUGAGGGGUGCAGUGUGUAUGAGGGGUGCUGUGUGUGUGUCUAAGGGGUGCAUAAAUUGUGUGUGUGAGGAGUGAUACAUAGUGUGUGAGGGGUGCUGUAUCUGUGUGUUUGUGUGAGGUGUGCAGAAAGUGUGUGUGUGUAAAUAGCUGUGUGGGUGUGUCUGUGGUGUUGUUUGUGUGUGUCUGUGAGGGGUGCUGUGCGUGUGUGUGUGUGAGGUGUGCAGAGUGUGUGUGAGGGGUACUCUGUGUGUGUGUGAGUGGUGCUGUGUGUGUGUGUGUGUAUGUGAGGGGUGCUGUGUGUAUGUGUGAGGGGUGCAGUGUGUAUGAGGGGUGCUGUGCGUGUGUCUAAGGGGUGCAUAAAUUGUGUGUGUGAGGAGUGAUACAUAUGUGUGUGAGGGGUGCUGUACCUGUGUACCCUUCUUCUUACAUUUAUCCAGACACACACACACACACUGUCACCCUUGGUGGUCUGGUGGUGAGUAGUGCUCUUUAGCCUACAGCUCCUCUGGUUGCAGGCUGCCUAUACUUCUCCUUCGAGGUGAGUGCUGUGUCAGAGUGUUGCCAUGGUAGAGCCUCCCAGGUCCUUCCUUCCUCUCCUGCAGCCCUGGGUCCGCUCUCCCUCCCUGUCACUAAUGAAGGGUAAUUGGGCCAGUGAGGGAAAUCCUUGAUCCAAAGCAAGUGAGCAGGGCUGGCUCUCUGUGGGCCAGCAGGGGAGAUCAAAGGAUCUCCCCUGUCAGCCCCGGCACAUAGGCAACGCCCAGCAUUCCCAUGCGGAAAGAUGGCCCUGUUGUGGGGGGCAAUGGGACACCUUGAGGGGCUGUGAGGAGGCAAUGGGACACCUUAAAGGGGCUGGGGGAAGAGAUAAUUGGACACAUGGAGGGGCUGACUAGGGAGGAGUGAAUGGGACACCUUACGAGGGCUGUGGAGGGAUGAGGGAAUUGGACACCUUGAGGGUCUGGUGAGGGAGGAGGGAAGGGCUACAGGUGGAUCACAUGGAGGGGAUGAGGAGAGGAGGGAAUGGGGCAUCUUGAGGAGCUGUAGGGAGGAGGGUAUGGGACACCUCGAGGGGCUAGAAAGUGGGGGAAGAAAUGAGACACAUGGGGGGAUUUGGGGAGGAAAUGAGACACAUGGAGGGGCUUUGGAGGGGGAGGAGGGAAUGGGACACCUUGAGUGUAACAGUUUACUAAAAGUUGGAGCCUAGUUACAGGAGAUGGCACAGGGAGGAGGCAAAAACCAAAAGCGCAGUACAGAUUAAGGGGAAAUCCAAAGGCAGGGUCACAUGAGAAGCAGAAGUCAGGAAUGGCAGUGAAGUACUGUAGUCGGUAAAGAAGGCAGAGGUCUGAGUACAGGAAAUCAGUCAGCAGAGUAUCAAAGAGCCAGCAGGAAAAAACAAACAGGCAAAUAGACCAGAUCCUAGGUCUCAGGCUGGGCUGGCUUUUACAGCCUGCUAAUUAGGAGCAGCUGACCCUAAUUGGAAAAGGGCUGCAGGUGGAUCAGCACUGCUCAAUCCAGGCAAGGAGUCAGGAAGCAGAAUAAUGCAGACAUCUAGUGAAGCCCCCUGGUGGACAGCAUGGUAGAGAACCUGACUGGGAUGCUGGAGCUAUGAGUUUACAGAUACCCUUGAUAAAGGCAACCAGUUGGUGCCGAAACAUUGGGGGAGUUGGUGACUUGUGUUUCUGCCUUGGGGCUUGAAAGAUAUUUUGGUAUAGUACUAUUGUAUUACUGUUUGCCUCUAUUUUUGUUACUUUGUUUAUUACUGUUUUUUGCUUGAUAUUGUGUUUUCUACUGAUUAAACUCUUAUUGUACGUAAUAAUUGAAGUUGUUAUAGUGUGCAUUCAAUAUUAUAUAUGGAUGUUGAUAUUUAAACACUUGAGGGAGUGUUUAUAUGGUUUGCACCUGGUUUAUAUAAAUAUAAUUUUGUCUUUCCAUGGGAUUUUGAUUAAUAUAUUAUAUAGUAAAAUUCCAGUGAACUCACUCAGUCACUAAACAGCAACCUCGCAACCUCAAAGCUCACCUCCAAAAGGAUCGGUCACCAGAAACCAGCCAUGGACUGCAGUUUUGACCUUGUUGGUCAGCAUUGCACCAAUUCUGAUCUGGAAGUUAAAGUUUUCUGAGAGUAUAUAGCUAGGUAACAAAAAUAUUGUGGUCAUGCCAAAUAUGUUGCAAUUCCCCACAGGGCAAAUACAAAAAAAUAAUAGUGUUCUGUAAUAUCUGGAACAAGUUGUGAGAUGAAGCUUCCAUGAAUUGCAUUCAUUGUUCCAGCACAUCCCACAAAUGCUCUAUCAGAUUGAGAUCUUGCAAUUUGGAGGCCAAGACAACACCUUUAAGUCUUUAUCAUUUUACUCAAACCAUUCCUGAACAUCUUUUGCAAUGUGGCAGGAUGCAUUAUCCUGCUGAAAGAGGAAGUGAAGGAGUGUAUGAUGGUCUGCAACAAUCUCUUGGUAGUUAGCACAUGUUAAAGUAACAUCCACAUGAAUGCCAUGACCCAUGGUUUCCCAGCAGAAUAUUGCCCAAAGCAUAAUACUGUCUUUGUUGUCCUGCCUUCUUCCCAUAGUGCAUCCUGCUGCCAUUUCUUUGCCUGGUAAAUAAUGCCAUCUACCUGAUCUAAAAGAAAACAUGAAUCAUUACACCGGGCAACCUUCUUCCAUUGCUCCAUCGUCUAGUUCUGAUGCUCACAUCCCCAUUGAAGGUGUUUUUGGUAGUGGACAGCUCCAUGCGCAGCAAACUGUAAUGCACUGUAUGUUCUGACACCUUUCUACAAUGACUAGCAUUAUGUUUUACAGCAAUUUGAGCUACAAAAGCUCUUAUGUAUGAUCAGAGCAGAUGGGCUAAACUUUGCUCCCCACGUGAAUCACAUGUGCCUUGUGCGCCCAUGACCCUGAUGCUGUUUCACCAGUUGUCCCUCCUUGCACCACUUUUGGUAGAUAUUAACUACUGCAUCCAUUAAAACCCCAGAAGACUUGCUAUUUUGCAGAUGCUCUGACCCAGUUGUUUGACCAUCACUAUUUGUCCCUUGUCAGAGUCAAUCUUUUCACUUGCCCAUUUUUCAUGCGUCCAACAUAAAAUUCAAGAACUGACUGUUAACUUGCUGCCUAAUAUAUCCCAUCCAUUGACAGGUGCCAUUGUAACAAUAUAAGCAAUGUUAUUCACUUCACCUGCCCAUGGUUUUAAUGUUGUGGCUGAUUAGUGUUUGUGUGCAGUUUAUUCAGAAAAAAAUGAAUGCAAAAGAUUUGAUCUUGAGCAGAUGUUUUUUAAGACAAAAUCCAUGUUUAGAACAUCCUGGCACUAUAGCUCCCCCCUGCUUCCCCUCUCCUUCGCGCCCCCUCCUCGGUAAAUAAAAGGUUAAAAAAACCUUUAUUUACUUACCUUUUCCCAGCGCCAAUGUCCAUUGGUGCUGGGGCAACGUUCCGUCCCCCCCUCUGUCCCGUGACAAAUGUGGUCUAAUGCGCAACGCUGGAGGUCCUCAUGCAGAGCGUGAGGAUGUCCGGCAUCAGAUACUGGACCAAAGGUCCGUUUUAGUUCAGGAGCCACUGAGGUCAGACUUAGAGCUGCAAUGUAAACAAUUAGCUGCAGUAGUCUGGAUGUCUACAGUGUCCCUUUAAAUAGGCAUAUACAAAUAAAACAGAGGAUGAAUAUGAUGCUAGUGAUGUCAUGGAGGAUGUCUGUCAUGACAAAGAGGCUAAUGAUGUCAUGAAACAAAGUACACAAUAUUGGAAUAUGAGUUGAAAUAUACUACUACUUUGACAACUUCAUAUUGUGAUGCUCUAAUCCAGAAGCUGUCAGAUAACCUGAGAACUGUAAGAGGGAUCUAGUCCGGUUUAAGAGACAAAAACUUGCUAUGGAACAGGCUGAUUAUGCUGAGCACAAUAAGAACAUAGGAAAGUGGUUAUCAGGGGAUAACAACCUGACCUACUUACAUAUCUCGUAUCUGAAAACCAAUUCAAUCAACGGUCGAUAUUACUACUGGUGAGUGGACUUCUGAUACUGAACAGAACACCAGUAUUAAGCCUGAAGUAGUUCCUCAAGCAACCAUCAGAAAUGUGGACUAUUUUUUAGAACCAGGUCUAGGCCUGACAAUGGAGCCCAUAAACAAUCCCAACAGAACAAGAGGACACACAGGUUCAGAUCCUCCUUCGCCAGAAAAUGCUGAACCAGGAGAGGCCAGAUGGUGAAAAUGCAUACUUUAAAGGGGCAGACUGGCCCAGUAAUUAACCUAUCUAAUAGGACCCUUACAUAUGUUGAUACUAACCUUUUGUCAAAAGGAUGAUGAUUUAUAUCCAUAACAGGAAUUGAUUAAUUUAUCUGGGUGUAGGACCAAUUUAGAGUAAACUACACUAAGUUAACUAUUUCAAAGACAAACCAGACCACCCUUCAGAAUCUGGCACAGAACCAAUGAGACUUUGACAUACUUUUGACAAAUAAAUUUGUAACAAAAAGAGCUCCAAUUGUAUUUAAAAACUGUGAGAAACCUUUUAGACUAUGAAUAUUCUCUUAUUUUAUUAUUAUUUUUUAUCACUAUCACAUUUUCCAUCCCCACAUUUCUUUUCUAUAAGCCUAUACAUGUUUUACAUAUUUUCAACUAUUAGCAAUACCUAAAUAAAUGAAUUUACAAGUGAUGGUUUUUGUUUAAGAUCUGGUUCGCUUGCUACCUUUUCACAAGUGGAAACCAUUUCUUGAUUUUUGUUUUUUUUGUCCUUUCUAGUAAAAUAAUUUCUUAAGGAUUUUUCAGCAAGGGAAUUCAAUUAAUGCAUUAAAUGUAUAAACUUUGUAUAUCAAGCCAAUGAGCUGUAAAUGCAUAAACCUUAUAUCGUGCCAAUUAACAUUAAAUCCAUAAACUUGGUAUAUCAUACGAUAGAUCAGGACAUACAUACAAUUUGUAUAUUAUGCCAAUGAGCCAUAUAUGUGCCUCCAAAAAGCCUGCCAGUGCCAUCUGUGCCCCCAAACAACCUACCGGUGCCAUCUCUCAGCCACCAGCAUCUCUGUGCCAUCUCUCUGCCACCAGCCCCUCUGUGCCAUCUAUCUGUCAUGAGUUUCUUUUAAAUUAAAAAGUUACCUAGGUGAGAGAAAGUUUAGUGCAGUGAAUGCUAAAGAGCAUUUGGGUGAAUGUUUAUAGAUAUGACUCAGGGUUAUUCACUUAACCCCUUAAGGACACAUGACAUGUGUGACAUGUCAUGAUUCCCUUUUAUUCCAGAAGUUUGGUCCUUAACGGGUUAAAGCAAGAAUUCAAAGCGAAUUUUAAAUAUAAGGCCACCAUAACAUAGCUGCCUGGGGGAAUUUUUCCAGUUUGGCUAUUUCGGCCUCAAGUUUGACCUUCCCUUUGAAUUCACCUUCAAUUCUCACUUUAGUGAAUAAUGCAGAGACAGUAACAGAGCACGGAAGGGUCAGCUGCAGGAAUGAUUGAGUGUCUUCUCUACAACCACAAAUAAUAUUAUGCAUUGAACAGAUAAUGAUCUUUUCCCAAAGUUACUGUGAGAAAACACAUACUUAAACAUUUUUGUAAAAUCUUUAAAAGAAGCCAAACCCAGUCUAAGACAGAUGACGAUAAAAUAUUGCUUUUGACAGCAUGUGCUGGUCUGGGCACAUGUGAGCUUCCCACUUGCAAGAUUCUUUCAGCCAAUAGCUCAUGACAUGUCUGAUCAAAUGAAAUGUGGUCAAUAGAGAAACAGCUGCAAAGUAUUCCCUGCUUCUGGGCAACUGCAAAGCACCAGCUUAAUAGACACAUGGCCAACAGCUAAAUAGAGAUAUGAAACUCACUGUCUAAUCAGGUAAAAUGAGACUAAAUUCAAAGAUCUAACUGAUAAAGAUUGCAUUUGUGUGAUAGAAUCGCCUGAGGGAAUGAUACGUUUCUACGGUUUUCAAGAACAAUUUCAGAAAAAAAAAAAGUCCAUGCCCAAGUCUUUAAAAAAUAAAAUAAAAUAAAUAAAAAUUCUAUAAAUCAAGUACUGUAUGUAAAAUGAUAAGUGUAAGCAUUUCAUUAUCUCUAUUCAUUGAUCUAACUUGCACAUGGUGACUAACUGGUCCUUGUUUAAAGCUUUGAAAAGAUUGAACACUGUACAAGCAAAUGACAGAUAAAAAAAACAAGAAACCAAUAAUGUAUAAUGACUUCUCUGAUCUAAUAGCAUACACAUGUAAAGGGCUGUGAUGGCUAAUUCAUUGUUAAAUGUAAAGUAGGGGCUUAUAAUUAAUAAAAAAAUAGUCAUACAACUUUGAAAACAUGACAUUACAAAGUAUUUUCAUUUCAGCUGAAAAAAAGGACACACACUGUGAUACACAUUUAUUAUGAAUUAGGACUUUAUGAACAGAUGGAUGAUUCGUUCUAUCUUUCCUCCUUGUAGCAUCCUUGGCUUUGAGAAAGGUGACCCACACGGUGUCAUGGUUAUAAAAUGCCUUAUAUCAGUGGUUCCCAAACCAGUCCCCCGCUGCCAAUGCCGGUUAAGGGAUUACCCAGUUGUGUCUUUGUGUCUAAAAUGUUUUUUUCUUUCUUUCCAAUACACCUUAGACACAAGCGAGUAAUCCCUAAAAUCUGGACUGGUGGUGCUGGUGGUGGGGUGGUGCAUGAACCACUGCUUUAUACUGUCAGGGUAAUUCACUAGAUUGUCUGAAUUCCGACCAGUAUGGCAAUUCUCAUAUUGACUCAAGCCAAAUACGGUUAGCAUUCAGCCAACACGGGUGAAUCUGCAACAAUCGCAACAAUCGUCCGGAUGUAUAUGGUGUCCAGAUUAAAAUCAGUGCUUUUUGCAUUGUAACCUUAUACAAAGUAUAUGAUUAAGAAUAUUUCUAAUGCACCAGUGAGAGUUAGCCAUGUGGCAACUAGCCAGCGUUUGCUUGGCAUAUCUACUAAACAUUUAAAACUAGCAACUAGAAACCCCCCAAAAGACCAAACUAAAACCUGGCAACUAAACCCCUCCAUGUGUCCCAUUCACUCUCCCAACAGCCCCUCCAUGUAUACACUCCUCCCUCCCUGCCCCUCCAUGUGUCCCAUAUCUCCCUCUCCCUUCCCUGUGUCCCAUUCCUCCAUCUCUCCCCCUCCCCUCCAUGUGUCCUGUACCUGGCUCGCUGCGAUUUGCAAGGUCCGAUAGGAAGUACUCUCACAGUGAGCACUUCCUCUAAGACCGCUCUGCCACGAUACACACAGGCAGGAGGGGAGCAGCACAGCACAGCACAGCACAGCUCUCCCCUCCUGCCAGACACCUGUAAACCGUGGGUGUCCAGGCGGCCCACGGUCGCCGGGUCGCAGAGUGAGAAGCCUGAUUGCAGGUGUGACCCCUGCGACCGUGGUAAGUACUCCACUGCUUGGAGUGUUCAUUUUAGGAAAAAUUUGCUGUUAGAAAUGUUUCUCUAUGUUUCUCUGACAUUACAUCUGUAGUUAUACUUAAUUAUCAAACAAUCUAAACAGAUGUUAAACAGAUUUUAUCGUUGAUGCACUUAAAUAGUAAGAACAGGAAAAUGGUCAGUAUGUCUGGCUGAAUAGCAAUACUUAAGGGUUUGUUCUGCAUAUUGGGAUUUUUGUGUUGGCCAAAAUAACCUGAAAAUUCUGAUUUUUGUGACCCAAAGAAAUCCUUUGUAAAAGCGCUCGAACUGCCACUUUAGUGGAUACAAUUUUAACAGCCUCUGCUUUCACCUAAAUCCUAAAAUAAAAAGAAUAUUUACGUCAUCUCAAAGCAAGCCCUUGGAUAUUUUUUUCAUAUUAUCAUUAGAAAUAGAGUUUUAAAUAACACGGAAAGACAUGGUUCUUGAGCAGCAUCAUGAACUCAUGUUUACACACGUCAUUAUAUGCAAUAGUAAUUCAAUUAAUUUUUUAGCAUUUAUUGCAGUAAACCAAUACGUUAAUUGAUAUUAGAGAAUUUCUGUAGAUGAGCUACGCUGUUAUACACAUUAUUUAAGUACUUUGUAAAAAUUUGUAAGAACAAGCUUAACAUUUACCUGCCAGGCAUACCAAACACAUCAAUGUGUUAUUAGGCAAUGUAUCAUGCCAGGCUGAUUAUAACGUAGGUCACAAAUCCCUAAUUUAUUCAGAGAAUGCGUUAUAGUAUUCGUCAGUUAAUAAUUUAGCAAUUAUCAAUUGCAUAGCCUUUUUUUUUCCAAGCAAGUGGAGAGAAGUGGCCCAGAUUAGAAAUUUUGGUUAUUUUUUUAUUGAUCAUAAUUUCCAAAUUAUCCAUGCUUUUGAUAUUGUUGUACUUAAAGGAUUAUUCCAACCAAAAUACUUUUCAUUAUAAUUAUAAUAAUUAAUAAAACACAGUUUAUUUGGCAUGGUCCCCCCUUCAAUAAACAAAAAUACUGGAGGUCGGAGCCUGACCAGCGAGCUGGCAAGAUGUGUCUCGCAUGAGCUCCUGUCAUAUAGCGAAACAAACUGAGAUUGCUUGGGCUAAAGUGCUGGGAAAUACCAUCUCAAGUGACCUAUAAAUGGGGGGAACCCGCAAGCACCCUAUGGUACCGGUACCAAUGCUCAGAGUGCCCGAUAACUACAGCAGCAGAUUGCAGCCUUCCAGAGAUGGAGAGGGGGAAAGGCAGCCACUUUCCCUCCGCUGACACAAGCCACACACGGACACGACUCAAUCCCCCCUGCCCCCUGCCCCCGUGGGGGUUAUCGUAGUCCCAGCCGAUCUGAGCUGACAGCGCCAUAACUCUUGACGAACCCCGCUGCACUCCCAAGCUAAACGGGAGCAGAGGCAUCCAAGAUGGCGGAUGCGCAUGGCCCAGCUACACACGGCCUGCAGCUACCUCAACCCGACUUUAUGAGCUCCAGCAAAGACGCAAGUGACCCUAUCGAAAUUAUCUUCAAUCGAUUCUCGGCUAAGCUGCUGAAAGGCAUGAAGCCAGCGAUGAAAACAUAUGAGCCACCUCAACGAAAGCAAGGCAGAGGCAAGAGGAGGCUUGGGAAACCCCUCAAGGGCACAACACUGCGCCCAGCUUCAGCCACCAGCACAUAUUGCCGACCUGGUCUGAGGGCAAAAUGGGUCUCGACCCAAACUUACCAGCCACACUUACAAAGGGCCAAAUGACGCAAAAUAAACUUGCAAGACGCAUGUAAAAUCCACCCUAUUAUCCCACAUGGGAAGACCCUGGACCUCGACGGACCCCAGGCUUGUGGCCACAAGGUACCAGCUCUCCCACAACCCAGGGGCUGGAGGGGCACCCCAACUCCACACCACCGCAGUGCUCCCCAAAGUGGACUAUGCUCAACAACACAACAUGACCCCCAUAGGAGAAUAGGAUGAAUGUCCGACCUGCCCACUAGUGGGACCUACCUGACGGCCUGUAACUUGAGUCCAACACAUACUAUCCUUGACUCAUAACCAAGCUUUGAUGAGGACAAAGCCAGAUUGGGCGGUAUACUGGCAUAGCGAGCACCUUGAUCACAAUGUUAUUCAUGUUAGAUAUAUGCACACCCUACCUAAAGUAACCUACAUGCCUCUAGUAAUGGUUGUGAGUAGGGAAGUAUAAGCCCUGUUACGGUGAUCAGCUGGAAAAAAUAUUUCCAAACUUCAGACCCCAGCACGCAUAAUGAAUCUUGUCUUACUAUGCCUAAACAACUGUUUAUCACUAAUAGUGUUGUCAGUUAGCACAACCUGUUUAACCCCUUGCUUCACGUUAUUGACACGCUGACAUACCUACCGAUGCAUGAUUAUCUUGUUAAUAUUAUAAAAAAGUGCACGUUUUUCCUAUUAUCCCCAUGUAAUGAGUGAUGCUAUGCCUGAGGAUUGGGGUAACGUAAGCUUGUCUGUAUUAAUCUUAUGCACUGCAAAAAAAAAAAAAAAAAACUGAAUCAAAAACAACCUGAAAAACACAUCCUGUGGUGAUGUCACUUCCACUUAAGUGCUGCUUUUGGUCAUCUGUAGGCAUGCUGAUGACAAGUGCCCAGUAUGCUAAGUCUGAUUAAAUUUGCCAGGGCCCUAGGCAGAAUCCCAGCUUAGGGCCCCCUCCCCUAGAACUCAGAUUUUCUGUGAGUGUUGUGCAUGGAAGAAGUUGAGACUUGUAUAGUAGGAAGGCAGAGUGUGCUGAUUAAAGGGACACUCCAGGCACCCAGACCACUUCUGCCCAUUGGAGUGGUCUGGGUGCCAACUCCCACCACCCUUAACCCUGCAAGUGUAAUUAUUGCAGUUUUUAGAAACUGCAAUAAUUACCUUGCAGGGUUAAGUCCUCCUCUAGUGGCUGUCUAUCAGAGGGACUUCAGUGUUCUUAGAACAGGAAAAGUGUUUUAAAACAACGCUGGACGUCCUCACACUACGUGAGGACUUCCAGUGUCGCCGAAAUCCACAUAGGAAAAUAUUGAAUAACGCUUUCCUAUGGGCAGGUCUAAUGCGUGUGCGCGGCCAUUGCCGCGCAUACGCAUUAGGUCUACCCCUCCGGCUGACGUCGGCAGAGGAGGAGAGUAGAUGGAGCAUGACCCAGCACCGAGGGACAUUGGACUCAGGUAAGCAACAUGGGAUGGGGGGUGGGAGGGAGAGGGGCACUGCAGGGUCCUGCAGUGCCAGCAAAACGAAUAUGUUUUUUUGGCACUGUAGAGUCCCCCUAAGUGCUGUUUGUGUGGUGGCUGUAUUUUCUGUGUGGGGUGGUCAGUGUGUUGUGUGUGUGAAGUGUGUCUGAGUGUGGCUAGGUGUUAUGUGGGAGAGGUUAUGUGGUGUGAUAUCUGAGUGUUGUGGAGAAGUUUAAUGGAGAUUUUUUCAGUUCUGCUUUUUUUGCUUACCUUGAAAAUUACUCAAUACCCUCUGCUGUUUGGAGGGGUGGGGCAUGGUUUUAAAGAAAAAAAUGUCCCCCUAUGAAUUUUGUUCAGUGCCCUGUUAUGAUUUACUUGUUGUUCCCUCUAGUCUAGUGCUAUUAUAUUUUCUGAUAGUAUUUACUGGUAUUUUUGAAUUGGUUUGGUAUUUGAACUAUUCUGCUUUCUGGUAUCCUUGACUAGGCUCGUUUUUUCAUUUAUCCUGUUUUCUGGUUUCCUGACUAUUCCUUAUCAAUAUCCUGAUCUCGGGUUUUACUAGACUCUGGCUAUUCCUUGACUAUUCUUUUGCUAUCCACAUUAAUUCCAGCCAUUCUAAGGUCCGAUAAGUUUUCUCUCCUUAGCGUUGCAUUCUGCAUGUUGGGGUCACUUUGUCAUAACACUGAGUCCUUGAGAAGUGAUAGGAGACUGUAAAGGAGCUAUUAAAGAGAUCUGCAACCAACAGAGUUGCAGACCCAAAAGCUCCAUCAAUAUAGUAAGGGGCGCAGGGUUGAGUAAGGAUAUCUAUUUAUUUCUCUGCCGACUCAGAGAAGGACUCCUCACAAACAGAACUGGAGCUGCAGGCCCAGACAUGGUCCCACCGACUUAUGUCACCUUAUGGGUUAUAUUGCUCUUUCAAUAUGCAUAGAAUUAAUAUUAGCAAACCCCAGCUGGCUAAUGACGCUGCUGGAAGUAGAGUUACACCCUGGCAACAAUUUGUUAUAUCUUUGCAUGUACAGCGUUUCAUAUUGAAACACUGCACAUACAGACUCCAAGCACCAUGAACAACUCAAAACUCUGAAGUGGUUGUGGUGUUUUAAGUAACCCCCUUAACAAUAAUUAUGGAUGAGUUGUGUGAGUUGCCAAAAUUAGAUAGAUACAUCCAGCUUGAAAAUAGUAUAUAUAUAUAUGUAAACUUUUGUUGUGGCAUUUUGUGUUUACAUUUUUAGGAACUAUACACUUGCUACGACAUACCCAUUUUAAUGAUACAUAUAAGGUAUAGCGUUCCUUCCUAUAUCUCCACUAUUUUUUAUAGAGCGCUCCACCAUCACUUUGAGUGUUUACUUCUUUUGUUGUGGCAUGUUUAACAAUUCUAUCUCAGAAGAUGUUUAAAAGAUUUAGGAAACAUUAUCAUCGUUCUACAAUAUGUUACGGAAUUGGAAUAUUUGCACUUCUACAUAGAGGUUUGUUUCUUGUAUGUGUGAUGUCAUGUGACCAGCAACCUGCACACCUCCAUUUAAUACAGGUAUAAAUAUAGCAACAAUGUUCAUGAAAAAAAUAAAAAAAAUGCUUUAUACGUCCAUGUAAAAAUGCCAAGUAGAAGAUUUUGUAUCCGUUUUUAGCCUAACAUGAAUGCAGAGAGAAAAGCAAAAUUCUUGUUAAUUUGUUAAAUGUAACAAAUUCCCUUAAAUUAUACGUUAAAUUAUAUGAGACAGAAUCACUUGUAAUUUUUUUAGAUAUAUAUCCUCAGGCAACAUACUCAGUGUAAGAUUUACUAUAUAAUUGAAGUAGAAAAUAUGGAGUAGUGACAUGAACGGACAUGUUAAAAAAUUUUUAACAAUGCAAUUAUAUAGUGGAAAUAAUAUCACAAAAAGUACAAAAACAAACUCCCAAACAAACUAAAAAAACAAAAAAAAAAACAUUUUAUAAUCAGAAAGAUUUAGGAAAGGUUUUUUUUAAAGGAUGGAAAAUAGCAUAUAAAGAUUAAUAUAUAUCAUAUUUACAAAUUUAGAGUAGGGAUUGAGGAUCCAAUAUUUUUUCAUCAAUAAACCAAUUUCAAUGAUGUUACAUAUGAGUGCUUAACGUAUAGAGAUUUGUUUGACUACCUACGGAAGAUGACAUCUUUUAAAUGAGCGCCAUUUGCUGCUUUGUAAUGGUCGGGCUCUUUUGAUUGCAUUGUUCAUACCAUUAGUUAAUGUUUGAGGCUCGAGUGCUCAAAUUUCUUCAUGAUAACUUCCUCCAAGGUCACCCCGCACCAGACAUCUUAAUAUGUUUGAGCUUUUAAUUGACAGAUGUAGAAAUGCUGAAAUACCGUAUUUACUCGAAUCUAAAGCGAUAUCGAAUCUAAUGCGCAAAUCGAUUUUUGAAAGCUCGAAGCUGAAAAAUGUUUUUGCUGGCGAAUUUAAUGCGCAUUUAUAAAAGAAGAUGCUACUAUACAACAUUGUGCUACAAAGAAAAUUGACAUUGAUGGCAUUUCAAUUUUAGUGUCACAUGUUUGCUUUUCUUUUUUAAAUCUUUUUUUAUUAAAUAAUUUUGCCUGUGUGAAUUCGCCGGAAUGAAAUUCUCCUGUGUAAAUUCACCUGUGUAAAUUCACCUGUGUAAAUUCACCAGUUUUAAUUUACUAGUUUUCAUUCGCCUGUGUGAAUUUGCCAGAGAAUGUCUAAUUUUGCCCCAAAUGUAAUGUACCAUUGAAUCCAAUGCGCAUUUAGAUUUUGAAAACUAUAUUUUCCAUAAAAGGUGUGCAUUAGAUUCAAGUAAAUAGGGUAUAUUCUUGUUGUAUUUUCUACCUGGGGCUAGUGUUGUAUGAUAAACAUGAAUAUGAAGAGCCUUAACCCAGAGUCAUAUUGAUUUUGCUAAACAUUUAUAUUGGAAUAGUCAGCACAAAUAUCAGAAAAGGAAGUUCCAGCAAUCGUUGAUACUAAAACCCCUGCAAGGGAUUGCUGAGUAGUAUUCUGGGGAUGUUACACGGCUUUUUAUGUCUCUUUACAAAAGUACACACCAUUUUUUGAUAGCUUUAAGUUUAUAGUGUUAUGUACUCAGUUGCACAAUAAGAUUUUCUGGUGUUGUAAUGAUAGUGAAGUUACACCUUUCCUACAAAGGCCAAACCUCAAAUGCCAGGGAUUGCCACUUUCUUGUCAGUCCUCAUUGGUAAUAGCAAGAUCCCUGCAGUAUUAUUUGAAUGACACCAUUAAAUAACUACCAUAAAUCAUCAGACAUUUAUUUUUAUUUUUUACCAUAUUGCUAGAGAGAAAUUUGUUUUUCUAUUCGUUCUUGACUGUCUGCAGUCUGAUGUUCAAUCUCUCAUUAGUAGUCUUCUUUCUGACAAAUACUCUCACAUGUGUUUGUUUACUCUAAAAGUAUAGAUCAUCAAUUACUUGCCCUUUAAAUGGUUACUCCAAGCACCAUAACUACUUUAGUGAUUAGUGGUCAUGGUGCUUGGAGUCUGUAUGUGUAAUGUUUCAGUUUGAAAUGCUACAUACAGAGUUAAAAGACCUUGCUUCCUAAGGUGUAACUCCCCCUCUGGCAGGGUCAUUAGCCAGCUCAGAACAUGAGUUCUAUGUUAAUUCUGUGCAUACUGGGCAUGUGUUGUCAAUACAUAUAUCAUCUAGCAACCAAGGAUCUAGGGCAGCACACCCUUCCUUUCUGUGAUGUCCAUGUCUUGCUCUCAGCCUGGCCUUUGAGAUGUCCCUACCACUCCAGCAAGGGGCAGAGAUGUCACCAGGGGAAGAUUGGGCUGCAGGAAGAACUUGGCAUUUAUACUUUAUUUCUUUCUCUAUUCCUUGUUUUUCAGGUGCAAAAACACUGCUUUUGUUUGGAAUAACCCUUAUGCUACCACUUUUGACUAGUUCAUGUUAAUGUUGUCUAUGUUGUCUAUUAUCUUUUGGUUUGAUAGGAACAUUUUUUCUCAUACUCUUCCUCCACAUUAUUUAAAGGAACACCAUACUGACUACAACAAUGUCAUCUAAAGGAAGUUUUUAUAGUGACUACAAUUGUUUCCACCUUCUUAGUAACCUCAAAUGAGAGUAUUUAACUUAUUAGAAGGCAUGGGAGUAGGGUUUCAAGCCAAUCUAGCAAGUCUUCUAGGGACUAGAGAAUACCAUGACGGCAUGUGGGCAUAUACUGAUUCUCUGUGAAAGACUCAUAGGCACAUCGCGGUAAGCCCAGUACAUGUGCCUAUGGUCCCCAAUACUCCUGUAUGAGGAACAUUGAAUUGGACUGUAAACCUGGAGGUAUGACCAGAAGGAGUUGCAGAAGAACACUCGGCGCUGGAGAGAAUUGUUUAAAAUCCUUUUUUAAUUUUAUAUUCUUUGGUAAUUGCAUGUGGGGGGUCUAAAACUAGGGACAUUUAGACUGUAGCAUUAGGAUUACAAAUAUGUAUCCCCAAGUGUUCAUUUAAAGAGGAACUGUCACUUCCCAGGCAUUUGAAUAUUAUGUUUACUUAUUCCUGCAUGUAUCAGAGUCUGUACAGAUGUUUUAACAGCAACUAGAUGCAUACUUGCAAAAACAAAAUAUUCAAUGAUAACAAUUUUCAACUGUAGGGUAAUAGCUUUUUGAUCCAAGGAUAAAUCUUACUACCAUUCUGGGUAGUCUGGGUAUUGCCGACUUUUGGAUCAACAGCAAAAAACAUGUGAGGAACUUGAUGGACACAUGUUUCUUUUUCAUGUAACUAUGCAACUAAUUGUGUAAAUAUCAAUGGUUUACCUGCAGGGUGUGAAUAAUAAAAUACAAUUUAAAUCUCUUUAUCAUGCACUUGGGUGCCUCCAUCUUAACUUCUUGUCAAUCAUUGUUAUAAGGCAGUGAUGGCGAACUUUUCUGAGCCUGAGUGCCCAAACUGGCAGCGGUGCCUGGUUGACGUAAUUUCCUGUCUCCUGGCGGCAUCAGCGGAGGGAGCCUGGGUGGACUUCAAACCCCCAUCCGCACCAAAAAAACCAUUAUUUAAUACUUCAAACCCCCACCCGCACCAAAAAUUUUUUAUUUAAAACAAUCUGUAUCCCCCCCUCACUUCUUCUUACCUUUUGUGAAGGAGGGGAACACAAUGAAUUCCCUGGUGGUCCGGUGGUGGUAAGAGGGACAGGUUCUGCAGCUCUCCUGCCCUUCCUCGAUCUGUCCCCCUGCCUCCGGACACGGAAGCAGAGUAGCCGCCUGCUGUUUUGGGUAGGCAGGUACCUACUUUGCAUUUAUGCCGACCGGCGACCUAUGGCUGUGUGCCCACAGAGAGGGCCCGGCGUGACACCUGUGGCACGCAUGCCAUAGGUUCACCAUCACUGUUAUAAGGUCUGUACUUUUCACUUGGUAGUCAACAUAGAGAAAGCAUACAGAGAAUAGAAGCAAUGAAAUAUUUCUAUUUCUCGUCCAUCUCUGCAAUGAUUGCCUAGGCUUUGCCUUGUUUGAGCUAGUUCAUGAAUUUAUUAACUAAAUCUUAAAUACAAAUUUAAAUAUAAAUUUAAAAGAAAACAGAAUAGUUCAUCGAAAAAUGGUUACCACAAACUGUUUCAUUGUUUUAUUCAAUUGUGUAAUUUCCAAAGAAGUAGCAAUUUUUGAGUUUUUCUAUAUUUUUUUUAAACUUCUCAUUAUGACUUACUCUCCACUACUCUGCUCUCUAUUGGAGUUUUGAAAAUAUUGCUAUGUAUCCCACUACACAUGCCCCACCCCAACUUGUUACAUGAGCUAAAACUCCCCACAUCUGUAAUUAGAUCCUCCCUUCUACCAAACGUUCUGUGAGCUUAUUCUCACAAGAUCUAUUGCUAUAGUGAACUUAUUAUCUGUUACUACCUUUCUCCUUCACCAUUGAAGCUUUCAGUAAAUAUUCCUAUAAUUAAAAGAACUCUCUAAAUACCGUAAUCACUACAGUCUAAUUGUUAUGAUGCCAGAAGGAUCCUGGGGCCCUCUCAGUGCAAUAUAUCAAACCACUUUAGAAUAGUAUGGCAACUUACUUGGUUCCCCUGGGUGCCUGCUCUGCAUCCUGUCUUGUCCUGCAGAAGAAGCGAGAUGCCUUAACUGAGCUAAACUUGGCCAAUCCAGGACCGUCCUCAUUGGCUUAGUUGUAGCUCAGUUGAUGCUCUCAGCCAAUGAGCACAGCUCUGCACAGCUCUACUUAGCUUCAUUAAGCUAACUGUAUUCUCCUUGCACAGGCUGCAGGCAAGUUGUCAAACCAUUCUAAAAUAGUUUCACAAAUUGAACUGGAAGGGCAUCAGCGCACUCCUGGCAUCAUAAAUAGGUGUUGUGGUUAUGGUGCUUGUACUUUUACUUUAGGAAGUAUGUAGAUAACUUUAAUAACCCCUAGUACCAUGAUAUUUACAAGGCAAAAUAUACAUUUGUUAUUCAUGUAUGGCACUAACUGGCAGCAUAACCUUGUAUCUUGUGUGUUGUAACCAUAACAUUGUUAAUGAUCCCCAACUUUUUGUUAAUGCUUUUACCCCAAUUCAAUUUGGGGUGCUAGAACGUUUGAUCUGCAAAAUAAACAACACUUUGGAACUUGUUUAAGGAAAAUGACAAAAAUAAAAACAAAGAAAAGAAAUUAUCACAUGUUGUCAGAAACACAUAUGUUAAUAUAGAAUGUGAAGAUUACAGUGUUAUCUAUUUUCAUAAUGUUUUUUAUUCAAACAUGCUUUUUGAAGAUCAACCUGAAUCUAUCUAUCUAUCUAUCUAUCUAUCUAUCUAUCUAUCUAUCUAUCUAUCUAUCUAUCUAUCUAUCUAUCUGUCUAUCUAUGACUCUCUGUUUGUUUGUUUGUUCUUUGCUUUAUAUAUAUAUAUACAUGGAAACCAUUACCCAUAGUGGAAAUUGUGUAUACUUGUGUAUUUUUUUACAUUUCUGUUUCAGCAGUACUUAAAAAAAAAAAAAAAAAAGCUGCAUUUGCACCAUUAGAGCCUGGAAGCAAUGUCAUUCUUUAAAUUUCAUUUUAGAGUAGGUUAAAAAAAAGUACUUUUUUUGUUUGCCUUCCAGGCAUGUCAAGUGUAUAGAUCAUGUAAACUGAUCUCCUCACACCAAUUCUGACCAGGUUUCAGAGUAUAUAUAAGUAAGAGAUUUCAUCCAAACCUCAGAGGGGAUCUAUCUCCUUCAAUCUGUCUUCUGUUUCUUUACAUUUAUUUUCCCUUUUCCCCCCAAAAUGAGUCAGUUUAAGCAGUUGAAAUCGGGUGGUGGCUUUAGCUCCUUUUCUGUUUCAAGAGGAGGCAGCGGUAGGGCUAGUUCAAGUUCUGGUGGAGCUGGUGGUUUUGGUAGCAGAAGUCUUUACAAUUUAGGGACUAAGAAGACCGUCACUAUCAGCACUGGAAACGCUGUAUACGGAUCUGGAGUUGGAAGUGGAGGUGGAGGUUUUGGAAUAGGAUAUGGUAGUGGCGGUGGCGGAGGUGGUGGUUUUGGAGGUGGUGGCUUUGGUGGUGGAGGAGCAGGUGGAUUUGGAUCAUUUGGAGGUGCAGGUUUUGGUGGAGGCCAAUCAGCUGGCAUCCAAGAAGUUCAAGUUAAUGUUGGUCUUUUGACCCCACUGAAUUUGGAAUUUGACAAAAGCAUACAACAAGUACGAGUGGAGGAAAGAGAACAAAUCAAAACCCUUAAUAACAAGUUUGCUUCUUUCAUUGACAAGGUAAUGUUUGAUUUUACAUCUUAUACUUUUUCAUUGAAAAUUCAGUCUUUGUUCAUUGUUUGACUCAAAAUAUUUUACAAUUGUACAUGAUACUUAAGCAAAAUUGUAUGUCUGUCAUUACUGGAUUAUUCAAAUAAAACUGAUUUCCAUAGAAAUCGAAUGUACUCACAAACAAUUUGAUGCUGUUAUUGUUGUUGGCUUUUAAAUAGAGCUAACAUUUUCUAAAGCGCUUUACAAUUAUUUAGUGGGUUCAUUUCCUACGUAAUUGAAAGAUAAAUAUAAAGUUGACAGCUACAAGAGGCAAAGAGGCCAUGCUCAAAUGAGCUUACAAUCUUGGAGAUAGAGUUUUGCCAUAUAACGAUUUAGAAAAUUUCAGUUUACGUCUUCUUGUACAAAAAUCCGUGUGGCAUUAGUCCACAGUCCACUUGCAAUGUUAGAAGAUUUGUUAUGGUUACACGUGCUCAUAUUAUGUUAUUCGUCUCUAAUAUUUAUACUCAUGGCAUUGCAUUUUCCUAAUAAUUGUUUGGACUCUUUGUUUGACAUUAGGUUCGUUUCCUUGAGCAACAAAACAAGGUACUGGAGACAAAAUGGAAUCUCUUGCAAGAACAAGGUGGCCAAUUGAAAGGUUCAGGUUCUCGGAAAAACAAUAUUGAAGCCAUUUUUGAGGCAUACAUAGCCAACUUAAAGAGGCAGCUGGAUGCUUUGCAAAAUGAUAAAUUCAGACUUGAUGGAGAACUAAGAAGCAUGCAAGACUUGGUUGAUGAUUUCAAGAACAAGUGAGUCAUUUAACAUCUAUAUUUCCUGAUAUUAUUUAAAUUGUCAUUUUUUUUUUUUAGUUCUCUCUCUCUCUCUGUCUGUCUGAAACUGUCAAACCUGUCUUAGUUGAAGAUUGUUCCAUCUUAGCGGUUUUUAUCCACAUUUUUGUAAACCUUUACAAUUCACUAUUUAGUCAAUAGACCAUCGACCCAGCAUAUUGCUUCCUCAAUUCAAUUUUGAUUACACACAAAUUAGUAGUGACACACUUUUUUUCUUUGUAGAUAUGAAGAUGAAAUUAAUAAGAGGACAUCAGCUGAAAAUGAAUUUGUAGUAAUUAAAAAGGUAAGAUUUUUUUUACUGGUUUAAGAUGUAUUUUUAAUUUGCAAAGUAAUAAAAAUGAUUCUUAUUUUUCUUUUUUUUAUUACAGAGGAUAAAUCAAGAGCAGGAUAUAUAUAGAAUAAAGAAAGUAGAAAGCAGAAUUAGUUUGAAAGCCAGCAAUUGAUAAUUAGUUUUUUCCAGGUGUAAAAUCAGUUGCAUUAUAAUCUGUAGAAUAUAAGUAAUUAGUCAGAUUAACCCAUGUAUAAAUCAUGGGUGUGGCUUCAUUCAAAGUGAUAUCAAUUAGAGAAGUACAUUAUUUUGGGUGUAACUUGGCAGGCUUCUGGCAAUUAGAAAUUAGUAACCCGCGUAUCAUUUAUCAUUGCUUAUAGAUACUAAGCAAGUCUUAACACAAAAAUUGAAUAGUCAAAUUCUACCAGCCAAGAACAAGACAAAAGUAGAGAUGCUCAAAAGCAGGGUUGCCCAAAAGGUAGAUCCUCAGAUGUUGUAGAGCUACAACUCCCAUAAUGCUUUGCAUACCUUUAUAAUGCUCUAGAAUGACAAAGCAUCAUGGUAGCUGUAGUUUUAAAACAUCUUAGAAUCUACCUUUUGGGCACCCCUGCACUAAAGUCUGAUGAAUUAUAUAGAGCAGAGGUUCCCAAACCAGUCCUCAAGGCUCCCCUAGCAGUCCAGGAUUUAGGGAUUACCCAGUUAGACACAACUGGGUAAUCUCUAAACCCUGGAGUGGUAGGGGAGCCUUGAGAACUGUCUUGGGAACCACUGAUAAAUAGCAUUAAUUAAAGUGCUUUUUAAUACACACACAUACAAAUACAUCUUUUUUUUAUACAGCAUCAUUAUUAUCAGGAAAGCUUUCUUAAAAGCAUAACUGUUUAUCAUAACAGGUGCAAAUCCUAUAAAUGGCACAGACAUAAAAAGCUAUAGGGAACACAACAAAUACAAUUCAUGGUUUAGAUUCAGGAAUACAAUAAUGGGUCCAGGUUGUAUCAAGAGUGAAUAAUUAUCUAAACCUAAGGACAUCCUUGAAAAUUUGUGAAUAUUUUUAUUGUUUAUUAUGACCAAUAAAACUCAAGAACAUGGCAUAGGGACCACAUUUAAAAUGUAUUUCGUAGUAAACCAUUGCCUUUUUUAACCGCUUCUCUAUUAUUGUUUUAGGAUGUGGAUGCAGCCUACAUGGGAAAGGUGGAGCUGGAGGCUAAGGUUGAUGCCUUAACCGAUGAACUCAACUUCUUGAAGACUCUCUAUGGAGCGGUAAUGCAUAUAUAUUGUUUUAUUUCUUUAAUCUUAUUUAAUGAGCAAUAGAGAAAUUGUGUCAGCAUUAUCUAAGUACGUGCAAGGCUUGCUUUAGUCCAAAUUAUGGCCAUUAAAAAAGUCCCAUGGAGAUCCUAAGUUAGUGAGACGUUAGGAAUAUGAAGCUUUAUUUAUUUUUUUAACAAAAUGCUAAGAAGCAGCUCUUUAAAACUCAAUUUCAUUGCUCUGUAAUGAUUUUAAAUUGUGGUUAUUUUAUAGAACUGUAUGAUAAAACUGGGGUGGCCUUAUUUCCUAGAACAACCACACACUGAUUGACAUGUUCGAUUUUGAUAGGAAAUGGAACAGUUGCAGGCUCAAAUCUCAGAUACAUCAGUCAUCCUUUCAAUGGACAAUAACCGCGCUUUGGACCUGGAUGGCAUUAUUGCUGAGGUGAAGGCUCAGUAUGAAGACAUUGCUAAGAAGAGCCGAACAGAAGCUGAAGCUGUUUACCAGGGCAAGGUAAUUAAUAUUGAUUAAGCUGACUCCUUAAAGAAGACAAGACAACUCAACAGAAAAAAAAUAAUUAGCUACAUACAAGUUCCAAAUAUAACAUUGUAUAUUUUUUUUAAAUUUCUUUGCAUAACAUAUAACUAUAUGUCUAUAUAACUAUAUAGCUAUAUCAAUGUCUGCAAAAAAUUGACAGACAAUUAAAAAAAAAAAAAUCCUUUACAAUCUCAAGAAAAAAAAAUAGACUCCGCAUUACUUUACAAUAGUAAAUUGAUAUAUGAUAUGUGCACUAUCUGUGCUCUUAGGUAACACGUCGAAGUAUAAAUUGAGGAUACUAGACACGACAAGGUGAUACAUUUUAAAGAUGGUAAUUACAAAGUGAACCUAAAAUGAUAAUAGCAGUUUUGCCAUUAACUGAAGACUCUAAGGUAUUGAGUCAUUAAGCUAAAAAUUCUCUUAACGAGCUAAUCAAAUUUGUUACUCUUUGAUGUUAAAUUUAGUGAUCAAGACAAAGUUGUACAAAUCAGUUGCAUUAGAAGACUAAGAUACUCAAAAAUGGUAAUGUUACAUGUUCAUUACAUAGAACUGACUUAUGAAUUACAUGUACAGGAUACCAAUAAAAAAAACAAAAAAACUAUACAGUAAAAUUUAUGCUGAAAAUACUGAAAUAAAAAUAAAAAAGUUUGUAAACAAAUCAGGUUAGGACAUGUUAAUAACACGAACGCAACAUAUUUAACAAAUUCAAACUAUGUCACAGGCAUUACUGUAGGUACGCUAACAAAGUCAUGUUAAGGCGUGUAGGUGACGCUGUUGUAACAUACCAAACCAACAUUAGAUAUAGCAAAGACGCUAGGUUUAGCUUUAACAAGUCAAGUUACAGCAUGUUUACUUAACAUACCAAGCUAAUUUAAGGUAUGCCAAGUCAUGCUAUAACAUGUUAGGUCAACAUUACAGACCAAUGUAGACAAUAUUAAAUCAUGUUAAGGCAUGUUACUUCAUACAAAAUCAAGCCUUGACAAAUAAUUUGAAUUGGCUUUACCAAGACAAGCCAAAAUACUUUGUAGGUUUUAAGGAUGCUUCCAAAGCCAAACUUGUAUAUUAAGGACACUACGGCUAUUUCCAAAAUCCAGUUGAGGCAGAUCAUUACUAUUUUAGGGUCACUGAGGUAGUACAACAUGCUAGAGAAAAUUAACUAAAUAUUACUGAUGGCUAUACAAAAUUAAAUUAUAUUAAUAAAUCCAAAACUGGUUUCUAUGUAAAACUGAAGAGCAUUAAUAUUUCAAAAGAUAGUUACAGAAUUAAAGAUAACAUUGGGUGUAUAACAUUAAAACAUGAACGCUUGCUAGUAGGUUAACGAAACAAUUACUAGAUCAACAAUAUUACAUUUAAAGUAGAGUACUGUUAUAUAAUUACGUUAUAACAUUAUAGAGGCAGGCUGUCAGUGUUCACGUUUAUACCAAUCUUUUCAACAUAUGCCUUGUACAGUAUUUAAAAAAAUAUGCAGACUUUAGCAAACAAAUAGCAACUCUGAUCAUAAGUAAAUGGAUGUAUCAGAAAACAGUUAAUUGGACUCUACUUGAAAGUACAGAGUAGCUCUGUUUAGAUUAUCAUUGAGGAGUAUAUAUGUUAAAAUAAACAUUUUUUUUUCCUGUAGGUUAAAGAAUUACAAGCAUCUGCAGGCGAACAAGGAGAUGUUUUGCGUAAUACCAAGAAUGAGAUAUCAGAUCUUAACCGCAAGAUGCAGAGACUGAGAGCUGAAAUUGAAAAUGUGAAGAAGCAGGUAUAAAAUGGCUUGCAAUUUAGGAGAAAAACAUUUGUCAAACAAAGAACUUAUUACCGAUCAAUCUAUCUAUGCCUCGCUUUCAUUAACAUUUCCUUACACUUUCCCUCAUAUGGUCCAUACAUCUAGGAGCUAAGGAGACAUGUCCUUGAGUCUCAGUAGUCAAUUAAGAAAAGUGAAUAAAUAGAAAUAAGUGAAAAUGGCUAGUCUAACCAGUUCUAUCCACUUUGAACUUCAUAGUUUUAUCAUUUGCUGUGUAUAUAUAUAUAUAUAUAUAUAUAUAUAUUUGUAGUCCUGAUUUAGUUCACACUGCACUUGUAGUCAUUUACAACUUUACAAGGCAUAAUGUCAAAUCUCAUGUGUUAUGCAGAUUGCCAAAUUGCAGACAGCCAUUGCUGAAGCUGAGGAUCGUGGAGAUCUUGUCAUUAAGGAUGCCCAUACCAAACUCGCUGAGUUGGAGGCAGCUCUGCAGAAUGCCAAGCAGGAAAUGGCUCGCCAACUGCGAGAAUACCAGGAGCUGAUGAAUGUGAAACUGGCUCUGGAUGUUGAAAUUGCCACCUACAGGAAACUGCUGGAAGGAGAGGAGGGCAGGUUAGUAAACACAAAUAUACAAUAACAUUGUAUAUUUUUUUAAAAAAAUUUGCACAACAUAUAACUUACAUUUUUUGACAUGCAUCAAUGUCUUUAAAAAGCUCAGAGACAAUUAAAAAAAAAAUUCUUAACAACCCCCCCCCCAAAAAAUAAUAGACUCUGCAUUACUUUACAAUGGUAAAUUGAUAUAUGAUAUGUGCCAUGCUUAUUCCUGUCUGUUUCUUUGUUUCAGAUUGGGAGCAGACAACAAUUUCAGCAUUUGUAAGUACUAUUUGUAUAAAUCUAUUUCAAUCUUCCAAUGUUGCUAACAGAGAACAUAUUGGAAAGUACUCCAUAUAGGGUGCUGACCACAACUUGCCAAGUUACUACUUGAUACAUAUGUGGGUGUGUGUUUAUGUAUUAGUGAUUGUGUGUAUUUGUGUUGAAUACCUAGAAACUGAAUUUGCAAAAUGAUGUUCGAAAUAGACCAACUCAGUUACUUUAUAUAUUCAACCCAGUUACUUUGGCUUAAAUAAUUUGGUCCUCAAUUGACAAUUUUCUGUUAGUUAAAAAAAAAUCCAUACCAUCGUAGUUUAGCCUAUUUGAACAUAUAGGCACAUAAACAACACGCAACUGCAAAAUGAUACACUGUUCACAGCUUAGUGUGCCAAGGUUGUAAUUGGGGGCGCUUAGUGCAUUUAAAUGUAGGAGGUGCAAUGAUGUCUAGUUGAGAGGAGAGAGUGGAGUUGUAGUGGGAGGUUGCAGUGUUAGGGCAGGUGAGAUUUGAGAUGGGUGAAAGGAGACUUUGGAGGUUGCUGGGGAAGUGCUGUAGGUCACGACAAUAGAGGUUUCUGCAAGACUGAUGGGGUGAGGGUGGUUUACUUUGGGUACGGGUAUGCAGAAGUCAAUGGACAGUAGAUGGUGGUCCGAUAGAGGAUAUGGAACAUUGGAUAGAUUAGAGGUGGUACAGAGAUUGGUGAAGAUGAGGUCAAGAGUGUUUCCUGCUGUACGAGUUAAUGAAUUAGACCACUGUGUGAGUCCAAUGGAGGAGGUUAUAGUUAACAGACGAGUGGCAUCAAGGCAGUUAGGGUUGUUGAUUGGGAUAUUAAAGUCCCCAAGAAUGAGGGAAGGAGUGCUAAAGGAGAGGAAAUGGGGUAUCUAGGAAAAAAAGUGUUCUAUGAAUAGCCUAGGAUGACCGGGGGGGAGGAGGGGGCGAUAAAUGAUGGCAAUUCUUAGAGGAGUGGGUUUAAAUAGACGGACAGUGGAAACUUCAAUGGAAGUAAAGGAUAGGGCAGGGGCAGGGAGGAUAGUUUGAAAGGUACAUUAAGGAGAGAGAAGAAUGCCUACACCACCUCCUUUACAGUUUUUUGGUCUAGGAGUGUGGGAGAAUUGUAGCCCACCAUAACAUAACAAAGCAGGAGUAGCAGUAUCAGAGGGAGACAGGCAGGUCUCAGUGAGAGUAAGAAGUGUGAAUGAAUUUGAGAUGAAGAGGUCGAGUAUGACUGUUGAUUUUAUAUUGCUGCAGAUGGAGCAGGCGUUCCAGAGUGCACACUGAAUAUUGGUAGAUUAACCAUCAGUGUUAUAAUUAUGUUAAACCAACAGACAAGUGGCAAUAAUAUGACAUGACACAGUUAUGGUUACUCUUUUGGUACAGUCUCACCUUUUAAGAUUGAAUAUUAAUUGUUUUAUUUAUCUACAGCUGUGGUCAGUGGAAAGGUCUCCGGUGGAGGAGGAGGUGGAGGAGGAGGAGCUGGAUUUGGCUUUGGAAGUGGAUACGGCAGUGGAGGAGGUGGAGGAAGUGGUGGCUCUUUCUACUCUGGAGGAGGUGGUGGUGGAUUUGGCUCUGCAAGUUCCUCAGGAUAUUCCGGAUUUGGUGGUGGUGGUGGUGGCAGCAGCAGCGUGAGGUUCUCAUCAAGCCAAUCAAGCUAUAGAAGUUAA